UGGAGCUGAUGGGGGAGGAUGGAGUUUCUGGGAACCACUCAGACCGCCAGCUACUGUGCCCCCAAGAAAACCUGUGACUUGGCCCAGCUGCACCCCGCGCCGCGGGGCCCGGUGGUCCAGGAAUGCUGUCAGCUCUACCACCUGCCCGGACACCGCCAGCUCAGCUGCUGGAGGCCCAGCCUCUUCUACAGGAUCUCGGACGCCCAGGCCUGCCCGGACACGGCGGCCACGUGCCGCAGCGCGCUCAGGCCGCCCCCCAUCCUGCCGGCCCUCCGCUCGGCGCUCUUCUGUCGCUACAGCCCCCGCGACUGGGAGCGGUCCAGCCAGCUGCAGAUCUGCGGGGCCGAGGCCUCCCGGAAGUGGUGCAGCCGGCUGACCGGCGACUCCAUGCGGCUCAUGCAGGAGAAGGAGCAGCUGACGCGCCAGAUGCAGGAGGGCACCACCCGGAACCUGGGCCAGCGGCUGUCCGACAUCGGCUUCUGGAAGUCGGAGCUGAACUACGAGCUGGAGCGGCUGACCAGCGAGGGCCACAACCUGGAGACCGUCAAGCGGCGGCUGGAGUGCGCGGCCGAGGAGGUGAACUGUCCCUUGCAGGUGGCCCUGGAGUGUCUGUACCAACGAGAGAAGAGGAUCGGGAUUGAUUUGGUCCAUGACAACGUAGAGAAAAACCUUAUCCAGGAAGUAGAUUUGCUCAAAUGUUGCCAAGAACAGAUGAAGAAACUAGCUCAAAGAAUUGAUAUUCAAAUGCGGGAUAACCGAGAUGCUCAGCAUGCGCUCGAGAGGGACCUCGAGAACAAAAGCUCAGCACAGUUCAUCGAUGAGAAGUGUUUCAACCUGAGGAACACGUCGGACUGCAUCAGCUUCUUCCACGGCAUGGAGAAAAUCGACGGCACCAUCUCGGUGCCUGAGACCUGGGCCAAGUUCAGUAACGACAACAUCAGGCACUCGCAGAACAUGCGGGCCAACACCAUCCGGCUGAUGGAGGAGGCCGAGUACCUGUUUGAGACGCUGUCGGAUCAGAUGUGGAAGCAGUUCACCAGCACCAACCUGGCCUUCAAGGCCCGCAUCUCCGAGGUCAUGGACGUGAAGAACAAGCUGCAGACGCAGCUGGCCAAGACGCUGCAGGAGAUCUUCCAGGCAGAGAACACCAUCAUGCUGCUGGAGAGGUCCAUCAUGGCCAAGGAGUGCCCGCUGAAGGUGGCGCAGACGAGGCUGGAGUGCCGGACCUGGCGCCCCAACAUGGAGCUGUGCAGGGACACCCCACAAUUCAAGCUCAUGAAUGAGGUGUUCACCAUUGACGACACCCUACAGACCCUCAAGCUGAGGCUGCGGGAGACUCAGGACACACUGCAGCUGCUGGUGAUGACCAAGUCCCGGCUGGAGCACGAGCUGGCCAUCAAGGCCAACACCCUCUGCAUCGAUAAGGAGAAGUGUAUGAGCAUGCGACGGACCUUCCCCAGCACCCCCCGCCUGGUGGGCUACGUCUGAGCGGCGGCACCGGCCCUGGCACCCCA